AUGGCGCUUCUAUCCCGCUAUCUGCCCUUUUCCGAGGCGACCACAACACUGCAAGCAGUGACAUAUCUCCUCGGCAUCUCUCUCUUCUCCAUUUCCUUUCUCGUCUUUCUCAAUAGCAGCAUAUCCUUUGUUAUUACCGACCUAAUUGGCGUCAAGGAUGGCGUCGGCGACAUUGUCGGCACCCUCGGCUUCGUGGACGAGCUCGUUGCGCUCAUCGCUUGUCCCGUUUGGGGGUUGGUCUCGGAUCGGCUGGGUGUGAGAUGGGUCGCAGUUAUCGGAUACGCCGUUAUUGGCGCCUCCCUCAUACUUUUCGUACAGGCGAAGAAUGUGUAUCCGCAACUGCUGCUGGCGCGCAUUUUCUUUGCCAUUGGCGCAACUGCUGCCGCCACCAUGGUAACGGCCAUCUUGCCAUCUCUGACGGACGACGACGACAACUCCGACACAUCCGCAGACGCUGUGAACAAGCCGACCUACAACCCCCGACUCAGCGUGGCCAUGUCCCUCGAGUCCGACAUGACCAUCACCCCGGCGCGAUUUCGCGGCAUUGACGGAAACGUCCAGGCCGCGACCGCGAGCGAAAGGGAAGAGGCGAAGGCCGGCAAGCCCUCGGCGUUGUCGGGCUAUGUGGGAUUAUUUACGGGAUGCGGCGCACUGGUUGCGCUCUCGUUAUUCCUCCCACUCCCAGCUCGGUUCGGCGAGAUUGACGGUGUCACAUCGGCCGACGCAGUCGCCGAUAGCUUUUACGUCGUAGGCAUUGUGGCAUUUAUCGUAUCAGUUGUCGUCUUUUUCGGGCUGAGAGACCUGAAGGGCGAGGAGGGCAAGGGUUGGAACAUCCUUCUGGGUCUCAAGGCAAACUCGGGCCUGGAAGACGACGUUGAUGAGCACGAUUCAGACCACCAGACACGGCCGAAGGUUCUGCCAUACCUUCGUUUGCUGCGAGACUCUGUCACGCUGGGCUUCACAGACUCCCAGAUCGCCCUUGGAUACCUGGGCGGCUUCGUAGCCCGAGCCUCUACGGUCGCCAUUUCGCUUUUCAUCCCUCUCUACAUCAACACAUACUAUAUCAGUAAUGGCUUCUGUCACGGGUCUCCGCAUGACCCUUCGCCUGAGCUGAAGAAGGAGUGUCGGGCAGCCUACCUUCUUUCGUCUAUUCUGACUGGCGUAGCCCAGCUGUUCGGGCUGUUCGCUGCACCUUUGUUCGGCUACUUCAACAGGAGGCGCAGUCGCGUCAACUAUCCUAUCCUUGUCGCGACCGCAUCCGGAAUCGUCGGCUACAUUGCCUUUCCCCAGCUGCAAAGCCCGGAAUACAAGAACGUCGAUGGCCGAGGGGGCAGCCUGGCCAUCUUCUUCAUCGUGAUCCUGAUCGGUAUUAGCCAGAUUGGCUCCAUUGUCUGCAGUCUGGGUUUCCUCGGCCGCGGCGUUCUUACCGCAGAUAUCCCCAAAUCGCAGAUCAUCGACACGUUUGAGGAUUCGACUGAGGCCAUGGAGGCACCUACCGAGUCUGCACCGUUGCUACAGCACAAUGCGAGUGCAGAUGCCGUGUCGCGAGUGCGGCUCAAGGGCUCCAUUGCGGGCAUGUACUCCUGGUUCGGAGGAGCUGCGAUCUUGCUGCUCACAAAAUUGGGCGGCUUUAUGUUUGACGCCGUGUCGCACGGCGCGCCUUUCUACAUGAUGGCGUCCUUUAACGCGAUCCUCUUCUUAGCCAGUUUGGGCAUUGACGCCGGUCGCUUUUAUAGAGACAGGCAGUGA